GAGAGUUGAAGAGAGAAGGAAACCAGGGAAAGAAAGAAAAGCAGGAGAGACACAGUUCUCAAGGAUUCUUGGUGUAACAGAUCUAGUGCAACAUGGAAACAGACUCUGUGACCUGUCCUCAGAGUUCUGAAUCCCAAGGUGAAUGCAGUAGUGAAGCAGGAAAGCUCUGUUUUACUAAAGAUACAGAAACUACAAUAACAGAUCACACCGAUGAAAAGAAAGACCCCCAGGACAUAAAUGAGGAGGACACAGAAGUUAUUAGUGGGUUAGAAAAAACAGAAACACCUGAAAACCAAUUCCCUCCUAAACCGCAUGAUCAUGCCACCUCCUUACCAGAGGAUGGAGCCACUAAACCAACAAUGGAAACUGUUAGCACAAUUGAUGACCAGGCUCAAGAGUGGCCACCAGUGCCAGGACUAGAAGAAGAUAUUCAACUAGAAGAGAAUGAGAGCCAGGCCACUGAGAUUCAAGUUGAUGUAAAGGAAAACUCUGAAGCUAGUGGAGCUGUUAAAACAGAUAUGAAAGACAUUCAGGGUGGAGAACCUGUUAUGACGACACAGGUAGACAAAAGCACUGACUCACCAAAAAUCCCAAAGGUGACCAGUGAAGAAGAGAGACAAGAGCUUGAGUCACAUGGCGACUCUGAUUCAAUUGUGUUCCUGUCAGAAAACAGUGACGACCUGAAUAUAGACUGCAAGUCUGUGGACUUUGCCACCACCAGAGAGCAGUGGGUGAGGCGGGACAGUCGUGAUGAGGUACAAAAUGUGCCGUAUUCCAAGAGCUCUUCAAUCACUAAGACAGAACCUUCUUCAAGAGCCCAAAGUGAAUUCAAAACUGAAUCUGGGGUUACUGCUGAAAAUGUCCAGCAGAGAGAGCUUGAGUCAAACAACUCGUAUUGUCUGACUGAGAAAGAGGUGAUGCAACAGGUGUGUGAUGAAGCUCCGCCCCUAGAAACAUUUCCAGACCAGCCAACCAAUCCAGAGCAAGAGAACUCAGGCUGUGUCUCCAUGGAAGUAAAAGAGCCACUGAUAAUCCCAGAGAGGAGGAGGGACAGUGAAAGUCAGGAGAGAGAGGCGAGUGAAACAGGUGAAGAGCGAAAGCAAACACAGACAGGUGGAACCGGAGGAAAGCAGCUGCUGGAGGUUAAGGAUCAAAGACAGGAACGGGAAAACAAAGGACAGAGCGCGGAGAGCCAGUCAAACACAAAGCCUCAUCCAGGAGAAGGGAAAGCCAAGAGAAUGCAGGUGGACCAUUUUGAUGACAGCCAAAGCGAUAGCGGUGUAUCAGCAGAUUUCUCCCCAAACAGCACCACAGAUGAAGCUCCUCAGCCCUCUGAAUCUCCUCCUUAUGAAACUCCCAUUGACAGGGAGAUCCGUUUGGCAUUGAAGAGAGAACAGAGUCUUCGGCGAUCCCGAGGACUGUGUGAUACAACUGACAUGACCAAUGAGUUUGUGGAAAUUCCUUUGAGGAAACCUAUUCUAUCUCAGGACCUCCAGAUAAGACCCAGCCAAACUCUCGACAAGGACCGUCAUUUUGCAGGAAAGAAGAUGCAGAAGGAAAUCAGUGCCGAGACAGAGAGGGAGAAGGUUCUGGUUGAACUGGGCCGACUACCUGGUUUCUACGACAAGGGAACAGAAGUACAGCUUCAAGAAAAAAAGUUGCUCUUUGAAUCUUUCCAAGAGCAAAAGGAGUCAAUUGCAGCAUUGAGGAGAGGAUCUGCCUCUAGCUAUGUAGAAUCUGCAGCUGGAAUCCUGGAGGUUGAUUCUGCGGUCAAUGUUAGACAACGCCUAAUGCAGUUCUCUCAAAAUCCUCCUACCAUACCAGUAUCCCAGUAUGAAGGCACCAACGGCAACCCACCUGCUGCUCGAGGACCUGGUCUAACUGAGGGAAUCAAGGGCCAGAUAAUCAUCAUAGAGGCCAACUCUUUCCCCACACCUCCGGUAGAACCAGCUAGUUAUAAUUCUGCAUCAUGGACAGAUGGCAGAUCUGUGAAAGUGAUGAAUUCAGCAGGAGCGAGGGCUUCGUCUGCAGAGCCUGUUAGUGCAAGACAAAGCACAAACACACAAAUGACUGAAGAUGAAGGCAUAGCGACAGAGAACCCGUUCUUCAAACUCCGCACUUCUGUAAAUCUGCAUUCUCAGGUAGAGCUGGAUAUUAAAGAGGCAAAGGAGAGAGAAAGAGAGCUACAGAAACAGAGAAACAGUCUUUAUGGGGGAGCAACCGUGGACCCAGAAGAAGCCAGGAGAAUGCGAAUGGAUUCGAAGACUGAAAGUAGAGAAAAGGUGGAAACAGGAUCCUCUAGCAAAGCGACUCUUAGUCCUCCGUCUCCUCCACGGUCAAAUUUGACUCCCUCAGGCCACCAAAUGGAUAUGUCAGUUCGGAAUCAAUCCACGGGAAAACUGGACCUAACAUGGCCACCAACCCACACUGAUGAACAACCUGGACAAACCUCAGAGAAAACCCUAAAGAUCCCAAGGCAGCGAAAUCCAUUACUUGAGCGCUGGGAGUCAGGGAUGGUGAACGGUCAUGCUGAAGACAGCGACUAAGGCUGAAACACAAAUCCCAA